GACGUACCAGCCCACAGGAAACAAACUUCACCUACUCUCAGAGACAUACCAGCCCACAGGAAAUCAGACCGACAGCUCUUAAAAAAGAGACAGACGUUCAAAGAGGUUUGUGAAGGGAAGCUCUGAUGGCGGAGGGAACUCUUGGGAGUGAUUGUGAGUGAUUUGGAGAAAGAGACACGAUCAGUACAGACCUCGUUGCAUCAACGUUAUAAAGGUGGACUUCUGCUUACAGGAACAGACAUCUUGUCAUAAAAGACAGACUCCACACAUCGGGCAGCAUGGACGCCAUCUUCAACUUGCUGGACGUGGCGGAGAAGCUGUACUCGCUGUGCCGGACCGUGCAGGACAACAAGGAGCAGUGCGCUCGCCUGGCCAACUUCCUGUCCUCCAUGCAGGGCGUCCUGCGCGGUCUGCAGAGGCAGGACCCCAGCCGCCGGCCUCCCGACCUGGACACGCGUCUGGCCGCGCUCGGGACGUGCUUCAGGGACGCGGAGGAGCUGGUCAACAAGUACGGCAGCGCGGGCCUCCUGGCCAAGGUGUUCAAGGCCAAAACCAUGGAGGACGACUUCCAGGGGGUGUUCGAGCGCCUCGAGGAGCUGCGGCAGCUGCUCUCGCUGUCCCUGCAGGUGGAGCAGAGGGGUCAGGUGCAGUCCGUGCACGACACCGUCGACAGGUCGGAGGUCAAGAUCGACAUGCUCAACGAGAAGAUGGACAAACUGAUGCAAGACAAAGAGGUGAAAGGAAAGAAAGCAGGACCUGAGGCUCCGCCCCCUGCGGCCCCCUCACAGGAUGCAGUGGCAGCGCUAAGUGCAGUGCGCAGCAGGUUCGUGGAGAAGGCGAGCUUGUCCCUGCUGAAGCAGCUGCUGGAUGAACUGCGCACUGAACGCGUGCUGAACGAGGAGGAGGCGGAGUCAGUGCUGGAGGAGCAGGCGGCCCGAGCUGACCGUGCCCGCUGCCUCAUCGACAUCGUGCGCAAGAAGGGCCGCCGCGCCAGCGAGAGCAUGAUCGCCCACCUGAGGGAGAAGGACCCCGCACUGACCGAGACCCUGGGGCUCGUCUGAGGGGAGGAGGGAGAAGGACCCCGCGCUGACCGAGACCCUGGGGCUCGUCUGAGGGGAGGAGGGAGAAGGACCCCUCAUUGGCCGAAACCCUGGGGCUCGUCUGAGGGGCAGGAGGGAGAAGGACCCCUCAUUGGCCGAAACCCUGGGGCUCGUCUGAGGGGCAGGAGGGAGAAGGACCCCUCAUUGGCCGAAACCCUGGGGCUCGUCUGAGGGGAGGAGGGAGGACGAGGGCUGGACCACGCAGGUGUGGGCGGAGCAGAGAACUAUUGCUGGAGAGGAACUCCAGUGGUGUCACAUGACACUCGGCCGGAAUGUUAUCUGCAUAAAAAGCAGUUUUGUGACCAAAAAGCUGUGGGUGUGCUGCUGUCAAACUAACUUUACAUCACUUGGCUGCUUGUCAUAAACAGUGCCUUUUUUGUGCCAUCUACAGUAUAUUUUAUAUGUUUUAAAAAUAUAUCUUCUUGUGUCAGCCAUA